ACCGAAUUGCACCCCAGCAACAAUGGUCGAGAAAGCUAUUUCAUUGACUAUAAAAGCAUCGAAACAGUAAAGCAGGUGAGCAUUGCAGGCUCCGGAUGCAACGAAGAAAAAAGAAAUACUCGGAUCAGUAUCAUCAAAGAAAACCUCGGAGUUCGAUUUCACUUUCCUGAUUUUGCCAUGUUUGCCAAGCGACUCAUAGAGAAGGCCGUCAAUCAUCGUCAUAGUCAUCAGUGGACUUACGAGUGCCACUAAUCAACUGCAAUCAACAUCUGCAACAUGCAAGAAGGCUCCAGAGUCCAGACAGCUUGCGAACAAGGAAUAGAAUUAGAUCCACUGAAACAGUUGAUGAGAGUAUCAGACACUUCCGAUGUUAAUAUGCUGCCAACUCCAUAAAGUGCGACAUGGAAAUUUGAAAUUGGGAGACUUGGAUUUCCGAGUUGCAAUUCACAAUGGUAUUCCGUCUACUGCAUCAAUACUUGCUUUUGACCCUAUACAACGAUUGUUGGCCAUUGGCACAUUGGAUGGCAGAAUCAAAGUAAUUGGGGGUGAUGGUAUUGAAGGACUUCUCAUAUCUCCGAAGCAAUUGGCAUUCAAAAACUUAGAGUUUCUGCAAAACCAGGGCUUUUUAGUCAGCAUUUCAAAUGACAAUGACCUUCAGGUUUGGAAUCUGGAGAGCAGAUGCCUAGCAUGUUCUUUACAAUGGGAAUCCAAUAUAACUGCUUUCUCUGUCAUUAGUGGCUCUCACUACAUGUAUAUUGGUGAUGAAUACGGUUUUCUGUCCGUCUUAAAGUAUGAUGCAGAAGAGGGAAAAGUAUUGCAAUUGCCAUUUCACAUGUCUCCAAAUGCUUUAAGCAAAGCCGCUGAGUUUACAUUACCUGAUGCCAUGCCCAUUGUUGGACUUCUUCUCCAACCUUGCUCUUCUGGGAAUAGAGUGCUAAUUGCAUAUGAAAAUGGGUUGAUAAUUCUUUUGGAUGUUUCUGAAGCUCAUGUUCUAUUUGUUGGAGGUGGUAAGGAUCUUGAAUUGAAGGAUGGACUGCAUGCUAGUCUUCCUGAAAAUAUGUCUGAUCAACAUAUACAAGAGAAAGAAAUUAGCGCUCUUUGCUGGGCAUCCUCCAAUGGGUCCAUUCUUGCGGUGGGAUAUGUAGAUGGAGAUAUUUUGCUUUGGAACACUUCAAGUGCUGUCUCUACCAGUAGUCAGCAAACUGAAUUUUCCAGCAGAAAUAUCGUUAAGAUACAAUUAUCAUCUGCUGAAAGGAGACUCCCAGUGAUUGUCCUACACUGGUCCUUAAAAGAUAAAUCACAUAGUGGUUGUGAUGGUGAGCUGUUUAUCUAUGGUGGUGACGAAAUAGGGUCUGAAGAAGUUUUAACUAUAUUGACUCUUGAGUGGUCAUCUGGAAUGGAAAGUGUGAGAUGCUCUGGCAGGGUGGACAUUGCACUCACCGGUUUUUUUGCUGACAUGAUUUUAUUACCAAGGGCUGGGGCAACAGGGGGCAGUAAAAAAGUUGAUCUUUUUGUACUGACAAACCCUGGAGAACUGCAGCUGUAUGAUGAUGAUAGCCUGUCUGCCUCAUUGUCUCGACAAGAGAGAAAGGCAUCUGUCUCUGCUAUGAGAUUUCCUGUAGUAGUACCUACAGUUGAUCCGACCUUGACCUUUGCUAAGCUCAUAGCAUUGCCUAUCAGUGGGAACUCAUCAAAAAUUCUGUCAGAGAUCGCCUCAGCCACGAAAGUUGGCUCCACAAAAACUCCAGCUGGUUGUGCAAAGUGGCCUUUGACUGGGGGUGUACCCAGUCAAUUGUCUUUUACAAAAGAGAGUGGUGUUGAGAGGCUGUUUAUAGCAGGUUACAAAGAUGGCUCUGUACGAAUAUGGGAUGCCACGUAUCCUGUCUUAUCGCUUAUUUGCAUUUUUGAUGGCGAGGCAAUAACAGUUGCUGAUUCAAGUGCUCCAGUGUCAAAUUUGGACCUCUGUUUCCCCACUUUAAGUUUGGCUGUGGGCGAUGAAUGUGGUGUGGUUCGUGUCUAUAACUUGAGUAGCAAUUCAGAUCAGACAAACAUGUUCCUUGUAACGGAAACUAAACGUGAAGCAGUUAAGAGUUUAACUCAAGGGAAAGGACCUCAUUGUACAGCUGUUUUCUCUCUCGUUAAUUCCCCUGUUCGAGUGCUACAGUUUGCGAAUUCAGGAGCAAAAGUUGCUGCUGGUUUUGAGUCUGGCCAUGUUGCCGUGCUUCACACACCUUCAUCAUCAGUUUUGUUCUGUACAGAUUGUGUAGCUGGAUCUCCAGUUGUAUCAAUGACUUGGAAAGAUUAUACAAGUACCGAUAGCAUUGCUAAAAGUCCCAAAAGUUCAGAAACAAAAACGGUGGUCAACCCUACGGAUGAAAUAAUAUUCAUGCUAACAAAGGAUGCAAAGGUUAACAUCAUUGAUAGCACUAAUGGCAGCAUGAUCAACCCUGAUGCAUGGCACUUAAAGAAGGAAUCAAUUGCAAUUUCCAUGUAUGUUAUAGGGGAUGUUGCUGGAUUCCCCAAUGAAUAUCCUCAAGGGGAGUCUAGCAUGGAUAUGACUGCGAAGGAAGAGUCUAUGCCUGACAUGCCUUCGACUGGGAGCAAUUCACAUGAGAAUGAACAUGGCUUUUCUUUUGAUACUGCACAUGCAGGGGAAAGAUUAUUGGAGUCACUUGUUUUGCUCUGUUGUGAGGAUUCACUACGAUUAUACUCAACCAAGGAUCUGAUUCAGGGAAACAAUAAGCCGAUUCACAAAACGAAGCACAAGAAACCUUGUUGUUGGGCUUCAAUUAUUAAGAAAGCUGAAAAGGUUUGUGGACUGGUAUUGCUGUUUCAGACUGGAGUUGUCGAAAUCAGGUCAAUUCCAGAUUUAGAACUGGUGCAAGAAAGCUCCUUAAUGUCCAUUCUAAGGUGGAGUUUUAAGGCAAGCAUGGACAAGAUGAUGAGUUCUGAUAACAAUGGACAGAUUACACUGGUAAAUGGACAUGAACUGGUAUUUCUCUCUCUGUUAUCUGGUGAAACUGCUUUCAGGAAUCCGGAGUCAUUUCCUUGUCUUCAUGAUAAGGUUCUUGCAGCUGCAGCAGAUGCUGCCUUUAGUUUCUCUUCUUCAAAUCAGAAAAAGAAGCAGGGCACCGGACCUGGGAUAAUGGGGGGAAUUAUCAGAGGUAUUAAAGGUGGAAAAAAUUCCUAUGGAUCGGAUGAUAUUGCUACUGCCAAAUCCAAUUUUACACAUUUGGAGGACAUCUUUUUGAAUUCACCAUUCUCAGAGUCAUCUCCAGCUGCUAUAAAUGAUCAGGAUCCUGUGGAGCUUAAUAUAGACGAUAUUGAAAUAGAUGAACCUUCAACAUCAGCCCCUUUUCAACGCAAAAAGGAAACCGAAAGGCAAAAGUUAUUAGGUGCAAGUGAUGAUGUAGAACCUAGAAUGAGGACACCUGAAGAAAUUAUUGCUCAGUAUAGAAAAACUGGGGAUGCCUCAUCAGCGGCUGCAAAUGCAAGAAACAAGCUUGUUGAGAGGCAAGAAAAAUUGGAGAGAAUCAGCAGGCAGACUGAAGAGCUGCGAAGUGGAGCUGAAGACUUUGCAUCAAUGGCAAAUGAGCUAGUCAAGGUAAUGGAAGCUCGAAAUGCUAAGAAAUGGUGGCACAUUUGAACAGUAAGUAUUGAAGUGCUAGUUGUAUUCAUAGCCUUUGGAACUCAUCUCUGAGCAAGGGGGUAUUUCCCCUUUUUCAUGGAAAUUGUCGGUGUCCAGUUCAAAGUUUACAAAGCUGUCCUAUAAGUUAUCAGAAAUUUGUUGUUCAAUGGCCGUGAGCAGACUUUCAUUUUUUAUUUGAGGUAUUUUAUGUUGCCAUAGCUCAAGAUAUUGGUGUUUGUUUGUAAAAGUUGCGGGUUUUUUUAUGCAUGUAUAUUGUACAGGACUUUCUGAGAUAUAAUUCUUUUAACAAGGUUUGAAGA